UUUGUUAAUCUUUUGGGGGUCCUCGCUAGUGAGAGUCGUGGCUGUUGCUAUGAGACGCUCAAGGAAAAGCAGGCCACCUGCAAAUGCUUAGCGGAUCUUUUAAAUUUUACUUCGCGUUUUGACGAACUGCGCACAAAAACUUCUUCUAUUCAAAAUAUAUUUCCGUUUUACCGCCGUUUAUUGCAAAGAUAUCAAGAUGAAGAGUUGGAAGUGAAUGACGAACUUGCUAGCGAAAUGUCGCUUUUCUUUGCUUCUUCUUUCCCUGCUCUUUUGGUUAUUAUAGAAAUGACGUCCGAUUAUUUAAAAAAGGAAGAAAAUAAAACAGAUUUAAUAUUAAAUCUUAUAUUAGCUUUGGCUUCAGUUUGUAAGGAUACGCUUGACACCCCGAAUUGCCUUGAAAAGCUUAAGUCCAGCAAUAAAGAUGAGCUUAUUUUACGCGCUAUGGUGGAAUCGACUGUAGUUUACGACCAUCUCUCUCCCGCUGGAGCCUUUUGCAAGAAGUCGGCCUUCCCGAUGAGGCCAGUUAUUCAAACCGUUAAAAAUUUUUCACAAGAAUCAGUCUCUAAAGAACUUUUAGGAGUACUACAACAUCGUUCGAAACACUUCAACGAUCCGGACACUCCAAGACAUCUCCAACUAUUGAUUAAAUAA